AUAGCGAUUUAGUAUCACGUGACUUGUGCAGAAGCAAAAAGGUCAUUUUUAUCUAAGGGACAAUUUUCGCGUUUAAAAAAAGUUGAAAAGUGAACAUUUAACGACAUGAACCUAUUGCUGUGUCUGGCACGCUUUUUGGCUUUAAUAGUCAAUAUAACUCCCGUUAUUACCCAGGAUGUAACAAGAGUGAAACUAUUUGGUGGUUACUUUCCUUGGGAAGGUACGGUACAAGUUUACCAUGAUGGUGUUUGGGGUACCAUCUGUCAUGAUAGCUUUAAUACAAAUGCAGCCAGGGUAGUAUGUAACAUGCUUGGAUACGGCUUUGUUGGCUCUUAUGAAGUAAGUGCUCAUUUUGGACGAGGAUCUGGUCCAAUAUGGUUAGACGAUCUUGUAUGUAAUGGCAACGAAGCAAAUAUAGAUCAAUGUAGUAAAUACCAAAACAGAUGGGGCGCACAUAAUUGUAACCAUAAUGAAGAUACCGGUGUUAUAUGCGACACUACAUCCAUGGAAGUUAGACUGAUAGGUGGCCGUGGAAACUUUGAAGGCACAGUUGACAUCAAUUACGGUAGACAAUGGGGAACUAUAUGUGACAGAGGAUUCACAGAUCAGGACGCAACAGUUAUUUGUAAAAUGGCGGGUUUUGAUAAAGGUGUGGCUGUCAGAGGUGCAAAGUUUGGAGAACUCGACUACGGUAGAAUAUGGGCUGAAAAUUUGGGCUGUCAGGGAUCUGAGCCAAGUAUCAAACAGUGCAGCCGUUAUUCAGCGUUUGGCUCAUCUUCAACAUGUGACCAUUCGAUGGAUGCUGGAGUAGUUUGUGAUCACACUCCUGUGCGACUUGUUGGCGGUCAAUACCCAUCUGAAGGACGGUUGGAAGUGUAUCAUAAUGGAGCUUGGGGAACAGUUUGUAAAACUGGAUUUGAUGUUUCAACUGACGGUGUAGCUUUCUGUGAAAUGCUCGGAUAUAAUUAUACCACCACACCGGUAGUGUACAAUGUCACUGCUGGAACUGGACCAAUCUGGUUAAGUAACGUUGAUUGCACAAUCCAUACAGUGGACUUAGAAUAUUGCGCCCAUGAUGGAUGGGAGAACACAACCUGUAACCAUGACAUGGAUGUUGGCCUACGAUGCCGGCACACUAAUCUCCAACUGAGAGGUGGUUCCGGUGCAUGGGAGGGUAGUGUUGAGUUUCUUCUAGACAACACAAACACUUGGACUUCGGUCUGUGACUCAGAUUUUGGCGAGAGUGAGGCGAAAGCGGUUUGCAAGAUGCUUGGAUAUAUUGGCAGCGAUGUCCACCAUGUUGAAUAUGCAGCCGGAUAUUUUGCCUCCAGCUACCAGCCUUCUAUCGGGAAUCUUACGUGUACCGGAAACGAGACAGACAUAAGACAUUGUUCGGCUGUUUACAAAACGAACGCAUCUUGUACAGCAAGUACUGCCGCCAGUAUUAAAUGUCGAAGUAUUAAUGUGCGGCUGGUUGACGGACCACACAGUAGUGCUGGUAGAGUAGAGGUCUAUCAUAAUGGGCAAUGGGGAACGGUGUGUGACAGCCAGUGGGAUGACGAAGAUGCAACAGUUAUUUGUAAAAUGUUAUCUGCUUAUCCAUACGAAGGUCAAGUGUUCGGUAAAGCUGUAAAAUCGUCGUAUUAUGGAGGUGGUACAGGCCCCGUAUGGUUGGCUGAUGUAAGGUGUAGAGGGACUGAACAUGAUAUUAAAGAUUGCGUAAAGAGCUGGGCAGGCGGAGUCAACUGUGAUCACACGAACGACGCCGGAGUCAUCUGUAAACAUUCAUAUGAUAAACGCCUUACAAAUGGAAGAGAUCAAUCAAUGGGUCGUGUUGAACACCUCCACUCGUCUUGGAUGACGUACUGUAGCCGAGGUUGGGAAGUAAACGACGGAAAAGUUAUUUGUCGUGAAGUGGGUUAUUGGAAUGUUGACCCGGUCAUGCGUUACAAUGCUACAUACGGGAACGGUGUCAGCACAAACUAUGAUGUUCGUCCGGACUGUGAUGGUAGUGAGGGAAGUUUCGAGAUGUGCCGCUUCGGUAAACAAUACGCGAAAGCUACUUGUCCACAAGCAGAAAAUGUUGGAGUUGAGUGCAAUCCACAAGCUGCAGAUAGAACAAAUGUCCGAUUGGUAGAUGGAGAAGGUCCAUGGCGUGGACGGUUGGAAAUCUUGACCAAUCAUACAUGGGGCAGCGUUUGUUAUGAUUUCUGGAAUAAAACAAACGCCCUGAAAGCUUGUGAAACUUUAGGAUUCAAAUACCUGAGUUCUGACGCGUCAAGUUUUAGUACUAAAAGAGGACUCACGCCAAUGCAUUAUAAGUCAUUUAACUGUGACGCAUCAGAUAAGAACAUUGGUUUGUGUAAAACGAAUUUUAACAUCAGUGAGUGUGAGAGGAGGAAUUCAAACGCAGUUGGUGUCGAUUGUUCAGGUGGAAUAACACUUUCUUUAGAGCAGAAAUAUUCUGGUCUGGUCAACAUUCAGAAGGCAUCAAAUGCUUCCGUAAACUGGACAGUUUGCUACAAUACAGUUAACGUUGACGUUGCCAAGACCAUUUGCGCCAUGGUUGGAUACAACAACACGGUACCAGUCGUCACGGCGGUAUCAUCAAGCAAAAGUGCUUUGUUCACAAAUGUUUCUUGUGGCGGUUGGGAGACACACUUGUUACAAUGUACGACACAAAGAAACGGGCCACCGUGUGGACAGAAAGCUGCCGUGCAGUGUCUAAGAUGUGUACAAACGUUCAGAACAGAAAACGGGACCGUAAAAUCUAACGGAUAUCCGUCUUAUCCAUCCAACGCGGAUUGCUUGAUUAUAAUUGAAAAACAUGGCACUACACCACUAAAACUGGAUUUUAAGGACUUUCAAGUGGCGGGCGAUGGUGAUUAUGUGGAGGUCAAAGAUGGAAAUGGGAAACAACUUGGUUACUACACAACCAAUGAACACAUCCCAUUCUUGGUUUCUAAAGAGGGAUUCUAUAUUAGACUAAAAUCUAACGCCAAUGGCAACGCAAGGGGCUUUAACGCAACAUGGAGUCCUCUACGUAUAAUUGACGCCGUGCGCAUGGGUUGUGAGUCGAAGGGUUGGAACGUGGCUGUCAACAUGACCAUCUUGCGUACACUAUACCCGGAUACUGGUGUGUCCCAGAUCAAACUCUCCGAGCAAGACUGCACGGGUCAAGUGGUGGGAGACCUUGUCCUGUUUAAACAGAGUUAUGCAAAAUGCUCGACAACGUCAAAGUCAACUGGAGACACGUUGAUCUAUGAUAACCAGCUAGUAUAUCCGGAGUCAAGAACACCUUUCCCAAUUAUUGUGCACGGAUACCGAUGGAGGGUUGAUCUAGAAUGUGACGUUUCAAGAGUAGAGGAAGUGUCGACAAACUUUCAUCCUAACAGAACUAUCAUCAAUGAAAACCAACAUGUAAGUUCAUCAUCACAUUACAAAUCGGAUGUGAAGUUUUUUACAGACGGGACAUUCUACAAACAGAUCUUCGGGAACCCUAUUUCACUUAAAACUGGCGACAAUGUGUACGUUGCUGUAACCAUGAACUCUGACGAUGUCCAGGUGAAGAUGAGACUUCAUACAUGUUACACAAAACCUGAGCCUAAUGCAGAUGCAAGACUGACGUAUCCUUUAAUACAAAACGGAUGUGUGGUAGAUCCCGAAACUCAUAUUCUUUCACAAGGAACACACGAGACCCGAUUUGUCUUCAGUGCAUUUGAAUUCCCCCAGAGUCAUAACAGCGUGUAUAUUUUCUGUAACUCCACGUUCUGUAAGACUACGGACACUAGCGACAGGUGCACGCAAAUUUGUCACGGCUCGCCGUCACUUGUCGGGCGCUCACUGUGGACAUUGGAUUCAGAGCACGAGAAAAAAUUCAAAUUACCUUAAUAUGCUUUUAAUGUAUUUUCGUAAUAUAAAUAAAAUGAUUAAUAUAA